AUGGCCCCCAACCUUAUAAUGAAUUUCUUCGGUUUUGCUUAUCGCGCUCAGGAGUUGAUGGGGCAUUUAAAUUUGGGAUGUAUCGCCGUUGCGCCGGGUGACGAGAUGGCUCUACAAGUGGACAGCGUCACGUCGCCAGCCGGUGCUAGCAGUGGUGCUGCGAAUGGCUCCGUGCUCAAAGCAAAAAGUGCCCACUCGCCGAGCAGCAAUGAUUCCGGAUUCCAAAGCGACCAGCUAACGCAGCAACACUUGCAGGAUCAGCGAAGGCCCUCAUCUAGAAAUCGAAAUAUCAAGCAUAAGCCAACCUAUGUGAGCGUAUUCGCUUCCGAUCCGGAUUAUUCCAGUCCACUGUUCGAUGAAUUUGAUCGUCGCUUCGCCGCAUGGUACAUUUAUUGUAGCUACUACCCCAUCUCAUUUAUUACACAUUCUUGA